AACCAAAUAAACUUUAAAAUGUCUCAUUGGCAUUUGACAGUUGUCUUUUUAUUUUGGUUUUAAUCUUUAAAAUUUGCAAUUUUUUGAUAAUUUCAUUUCAUACUUUUAAGAUAUUAUAACUUUUGUGGAUUAUAAUGUCGCUACUUUUUAUAGGAGAAGAUCCAUGGUUAUUGGAAUAUGAAUCAUGCCAAAGACUGCAAAGGGAUAUAAUGGAGCAAUUAACUGAAAGACAACAGUACCAUAGAACAAGUGAUAAAUAUAACCAAAUAUCAGCAAACAUUCGGCUACGAUUAAAACAAUAUAAUAAUGAAGUUGGACAACUUACUCAAAAAUUAAAUGUUUCAGCCAGAUCUGAUUCAAUAACAUCUGCAGAAGUUGAAAGGAGGACAAGACAAAUUGAAGAGCUGCAUUCAAAAGGCCUCCACAUGCAAAAGAAAUUUAAUGAUCAGGGUAAAAGUAAACUUCUUGAAGACAGAGAUAAUCUAAUGGAUAGUAAAUGGAAUGAUGAGUCAAGAGGGAGUGGAAGUCAACCAAAGACCAAAGAAAACCAGACUAUUGAACAAAUAAGAGCUGACCAAAAAAGGAUGUUGGGAGAACAAGAACAAGGCCUAGACAGUUUAGCUCAAAUCAUUUCCAGGCAAAAAGACAUUGCUAAUACAAUUUCCAAUGAGGUAGAUUUCCAUAAUGAAAUUCUUGAUGAUUUGGGUACCCAAAUUGAUAGGACAGAUCAUAGAGUACGGACUGAAACACAGCACAUAUCGGUAGUGGAUAGGAAAGAUAAAACUUGCAUUUAUUGGGUUUUUAUCAUUUUAUUAUUUUUGAGCAUUAUUAUAGUUGCGGCCAUAUAACUAUUGCAUUUUAUUUUAUAUAAAAACUAUAUUUUAGUCUUGUAUAUUGUGAUUAAUAAUAAUUAUAAGUACCACAUUGUUCAUAUUAAAUAUGUAUAUUUAUAUUUUUAA